CCAGUUGUUCAUGGGCAGGGCGGUUUGAAAGGUGCCCCAAAGGACACUCUUCACAGGUCGGCAGAGCACCCACCGUCUUCUCGGGCAGAACAAAGAAAAUGCCGGUUUCCAUCUAGAAAACCUGUAUUCUUGCUAACCUUAGUUUUGAGAUCUACUCCUGCUUAAGAGAUGAGAGGGAGCCUGAUUCAACUUGAAGACAAGUGAACACCCAGCCGGGCACCACAAUGAAAGAAAUCAAACCAGGAAUAACCUUUGCUGAAUCCGUGCCUCACCUGUCCCUGAAUGUUUCUUGACAUGCAUCUUGACUUACCGUACAUCACAACUAGAGAAUGGGGCUCAACCUGACGCUUGCAAAAUUACCAGGUAAUGAAUUAUACAGCCAAGCAAGUCACACUGCAAACAGCACGAUCGAGGGACAUGGGAAGAACUCCACCCAUCACAACGAGUUUGACACCAUCAUCCUGCCGGUGCUUUACCUAGUUAUAUUUGUGGCAAGCAUCCUGCUGAACGGUCUGGCUGUGUGGAUCUUCUUCCACAUUCGGAAUAAAACCAGCUUCAUAUUUUAUCUCAAAAAUAUAGUAGUAGCUGACCUCAUAAUGACCCUGACAUUCCCGUUCCGAAUAGUCCGUGACGCAGGAUUCGGACCUUGGUACUUUGAGUUUAUCCUCUGCAGAUACACCUCGGUUUUGUUCUAUGCAAACAUGUAUACAUCCAUUGUGUUUCUUGGGCUGAUCAGUGUUGAUCGCUAUCUGAAGGUGGUAAAGCCUUUUGGUGACUCUCGCAUGUAUAGCAUAACCUUCACCAAAGUCUUAUCGAUUUGUGUCUGGGUGAUCAUGGCUGUUCUGUCCUUGCCAAACAUCAUACUGACUAACGGUCAACCAACUAAGGAAAACAUUCAUGACUGCAUGAAGCUUAAAAGUCCGUUGGGAGCCAAGUGGGAUAUGGCUGUCACCUACGUGGACAGCUGUCUGUUUGUCGCUGUGCUGGUGAUUCUGAUUGGAUGCUACAUAGCCAUCUCCAGAUACAUCCACAAAUCCAGCAGGCAAUUCAUAAGUCAAUCGAGCCGGAAGCGGAAGCAUAACCAGAGCAUCCGCGUGGUCGUGGCUGUGUUUUUUACCUGCUUCCUCCCGUAUCACUUGUGCAGAAUCCCCUUCACUUUCAGUCACUUAGACAGGCUCCUAGAUGACUCAGCACACAAAAUUCUCCACUACUGCAAGGAAAUGACACUUUUCUUGUCUGCGUGCAACGUGUGCCUGGAUCCGAUAAUUUAUUUUUUCAUGUGUAAGUCAUUUUCAAGAAGGUUAUUCAAGAAAUCAAACAUAAGAACCAGGAGUGAAAGCAUCAGGUCGCUGCAAAGCGUCCGAAGAUCAGAAGUGCGUAUCUACUAUGACUACACCGAUGUGUAGGGACUAGAGGCCAGAGGGCCUUUUCCUGUUGGAAUCAGUAUAUAAAAGUGUAAAUAAAUGUCUCUUUGUAUUA